AUGUUCUCCGUUUCCACUUCCUCAAUACGAAUCGCGGCCAGGCCAGCUCUUAGCUUUGCUGGGCGAUACACAACCACCCGGAAUGUCAGGAUAAGACCUCGCGCAACCCCCGGCGCUUUCGCCAGUGAUCCCUUGGCGAGGGACGAACGGUUAUUGAAGAAACUCGAAGACCAACUCGCGCGCGUAAAAGAUAAAGUACGGCGCGAAGAGGAGGAAGAGGAAAAGAAGGCCAGAGCCGCCGCUGAAGCGUUCGCUCACUCCUCGUCGACCGACUCCGAUGCUGCUGUAUUAGCAAACCACAAUGAUUACUUCUGGAAUCAAGUUUUGACCAAGCAUGAUCGUCGUCAACUUGCCAGGGUUGGCAUUACAUCUCUGGAAGACCUGUAUAGUGUCUACAGCGAAGCUCAGAAAACUAUAGAUCGACCACCUUAUCCCUCGCUGGACACGCUUGAUUCUAGGCUGCAACUUGCCCACACUAUCUACAACAGUAUCCCGACCAAAAUCGGGGAAGUAACGAGGGCCAGUCAGAAGAAUGGUGUCUGGUGGUAG